AAAUAAAUGAAGAGAUGAAGUUGCUGACCUUAUCUCGUCCAUUUCCUCUUGGACAACACUGUUGGAGCUUUCGCUUACAUUCUUACGACCCUUCAGUAACAAUUUUCUUCUUUCCUGUUUGGCUGCUUGAAGACAGUGCUGCCCCCCCGAGGAGCACACACACAUUUAGCCUGUGGAUAGAUGUCAUGGCGCUCCGCUGUCUCGGUGGACGGCUCGGUUUGUUUUUUCGGUGCAUACUGCAACGUCGAGAUUGACUGCAAGGUGGGACGUUAAUACUUUAAACAUUCCCAGCAGCUACUGCAAGACUGAUCCAUCACUUGACCGAUGAGAAGAUGGACUAAUCAUCAAAACUCUCAUUGAGACCCCACACCUCCCUUUUUUUAUCCCUCCUGUUGGGCCCCUGGGGCCCCUCAGGCAAAAGGGGUAAUGUGGGGCGGUAGGCAGUCUGCCAGGCAAGCGCUGUGGCGCUUCCUGUCACCUUUCCGUGCUGUUAAGGAGCGAGUGGUCCUGGCCCGCAGCGAUAGCCUGCCAGAGGAGCAGGUGCUGAAGAUCACAGUGACAGAGACCACCGUGAUUGAGGCUGAGUCGGGGGUGUGGAACUGGCGAUCCCUGACCUACCUGGGCCUCUGGUACUUCUUUAGUUUCUGCACCCUGUUCCUCAACAAAUACAUCCUGUCACUGUUGGAGGGGGAGCCCAGCAUGCUGGGUGCAAUUCAGAUGCUCUCCACCACCGUCAUCGGCUUCCUUAAGAUGUUUGUGCCCUGCUGCCUUUACCAGCACAAGUCCAGGACCGAGUAUCCCUCCAACUUCAUCAUGAUCAUGCUGUUUGUUGGACUCAUGAGGUUCACCACGGUGGUUCUGGGCUUGGUGAGCCUGAAGAAUGUGGCCGUGUCAUUUGCAGAGACGGUGAAGAGCUCAGCGCCCAUCUUUACCGUCAUCAUGUCCAGGCUGAUCCUCGGGGAGUACACAGGGCUGUGGGUGAAUCUCUCCCUGUUCCCCAUUAUGGUAGGCCUGGCCCUCUGCACAGCCACAGAGAUCAGCUUCAACAUGCUCGGCUUCUCUGCCGCUCUCUCCACCAACAUCAUGGACUGUUUACAGAACGUAUUCUCUAAAAAAUUGUUAAGUGGAGACACGUACAAGUUCAGCCCUCCAGAACUGCAGUUUUACACCAGUGCCGCAGCAGUCAUCAUGCUCAUACCUGCCUGGGUGUUCCUCUUGGACAUCCCAUUGAUCGGGAAGAGUGGACGGAGCUUCAACUUCAGUCAGGAUAUUGUCUUGCUGCUGCUUUUCGAUGGAGCCCUCUUCCACCUGCAGAGUGUCACUGCCUACGCUCUCAUGGGGCGGAUUUCCCCUGUUACUUUCAGUGUUGCCAGUACUGUCAAGCACGCCCUGUCGGUGUGGUUGAGCAUAAUCGUGUUCAGUAACCACAUCACCCUGCUCAGCGCCACCGGCACCAUCUUCGUGUUUUUCGGAGUCUUCUUUUACAACAAAGCCAGACAGUUCCAGAGGCAAACCUUACAGGCCAUGGCUGCUGAGCAGAACCACAAACCACUACUGCAGGACCAGAACUUCCAAGCCUCGCAGUCUCAUUGAGGACCCACCACUUAAAACUAAAUAUGCUGCCUAAAAUGGGAUCAAGGUAUUCAAGAUGAUGUUGGAUGAUUUGUUUGUUCAUCAGUGUGCACACAAUCCAAUUAUAGAGGACCCACUUCUGUUUUUGUUCCAGGUUUCACUUAGUGUCAUGUCUUCUAUCUGAAGGUAAACUUAAGUGACUGGUUUAAAAAAGGUCAUGAUCUGUUUGACCGAGCCGUCACUAGUCCUGUGGAACAGUAUACACAGUAACCUGAUUAGCUACUUAAACUUGAUUCAUCCUUGAUCUUUUUGCUUUAUCUAAUACCUGUCAGAAAAAAAGGGAAGCUCAGGGUUGCCUUCAGCUCUUUGAAGGAAGUGAUUUCUGUAAGCAUUUUGUCUUACAUUUGCAUUCCAGAGUGUGCUCGUUUAUCUCAUCUGUGGUACAGCAGCUGCUGAAUGUAUGCUAUUGUGUAUAUCUGUAAAUCCUUGAAGUUAAAGAUUUAAAAUGUGUGGUGGUUUAACCUACACUGUAUCAUACAAUGUAAAAUGAAUCAUAAUUGCAUCUGAAUAUAAGAUGUGUAUGGGGCACCAAUGUCUGAGAUGGGAGGCCUUUUGAAGCCAAAGCUUUGACUGACCAUUUACACUUUUUUAAAACAAUGUAUGGAACAUUUGAAGAAACCACAUACUGCAUUCUAGGAAUGCUAAUCCUCUAUCAUGAACUGUUUUUGUGGGUGUAUGUAGGGUUUACUGUAAAUUUAGUUUAUUUCCCUAUUUGUAAACUGACUCUUCCACCCUGAACAGGAAAAAAGGGGCUUAAAGACCAAAUGGAUGAUUGUCCUGUGUUUGUAACACAUUCAUAGUCUUAAAGAAAAAUUGUUUAUUACAACUUGGGUUUUGUUUUGCAGGUCAGACAAUCAAUAUCCCCCCAAGUUAGUUAAAGUUUUUGGAAGAAAAGCACGUCAAUUACA